GCUGGGGACCCGGAGAGGAGGCAGCUGCCGCCGGGCACAGAGCUGGCGGCGUUGGCUGGACCGCGUGGCUCCCCGGCUGGAAGUGUGGCCGGGCGGCAGAGGCCACACCUGGCCCUGCCACGUUGCUCCUGUCAACCUCUAGCAGGGGCUGCGUCUCACCUGCGAGGAAGGUGGUGUUUAGUGACUCAAAGUUACUGUUUUUAGCUGGAAGCUCCAAACAACCCAAAAUUGGUGUUUGAAUUUCGCCCUUUAAGAAUACCUUUAUUGUAGUAUAAUUUGCAUAUGACAAAAUUCGCUCUUGGUUCAGUUUUAAACAAAAGCCUAAGGGUUGCUUUUCUGAAGGCCUUGUCUGAGCAGUGGAAAGACUGAGUGGCUUUCAGCAGUAGCAUCCGGGAGGGAGCGCAGGGGCCUGGCUCUCUUGGAGCCGUGCCUGGCCCUGGCCUAGACUCUGGCACAGGGCUGGGUCUCCCAGCCUCGGACAGGUGGGCUGUCCAGAGUAAUGGGGCAGAUCACGUAGCAUGCUAGGUGGCAAGGAGUGCCGGGUGUGGGCAGGGGCUCAGGAAAGGGUCUGAUGAGGAGAGCAGUGUCCCCGCCAGCCGAGGGCAGGGGAAGAUUGUGCCGGCUGCCAUGAGACCGGCAAGCUGGGAGGCCACUGGGGGCUGUGAGGGGAGGAGAGAUCCGGUCUCAGUCCUGUGUUCAAGGCCCCUCUGGCUGCUGGAGGAGAGUGGGGGGUGGGGAUGGCCAGGGUGGCAGCAGGGAGGCCAAUGCAGUGACUUGGGCCACAGUGGGUGGUGGCCUGGGCUUGGCAGCAACAGUGUAGUCAGAUUUUGGAUGUUUGGAGAAGGUAGAGCCACCGGGAUUUCCUAAUGCAUUGGAGGUGGGUGUGUGAGAGGAAGAGGAGUCGAAAUGUCUGCAGGAAUCUGGCCUGAGCUACUAAGGGGGGUGCACUUGGUGAGCUGAGAUGGGGGAGGCGCGGCUCCUCUGGAGCUCUCAGGGGCAGCUGGAGGUGCAAGUCUAGGGUCAGGGGAACAGUCAGGUCUAACGUUGUCCAUUUGCAGUUGCCACGUUGAGGUCCUGAGGGGCUGAGGGUCGUUGGGGAAGAGCACAGAGCCCAUGGUUGGAGUAGUGGAGACGGGGCUGGUGGUGUGGUCAUCUGGGUCAUGGGAGAGAAGGACUGAGAGCAGACCCUGCUGUGUAGCCACAUGAUCUUGAAGGGACAGAAUUACUGCAUCAUUAUUUUUCAGUAGCCCUAGUUUUUAAUAAAAGAAGGUAAAUGUAUUGAUUGUAUGAAUAAUUAUCAACCAACAUUUGUAAGAUCAGAGAGGGCCUCUCCUGCAACAUUUGCUUUUGAUAAUUUUUUAUAAACAUUUGUUAGGAGUUCAAGUUGUUACCAAGCUUCUAUUUGGUAUUAUGAUGAGUGUGGAAAAGAUGGGGUUCCAUAUAAAAUUACAAUUUUGAAAUGGAUUUCCCAUACUUGGGGGAGAGUUUUCAUACUCAUGGCUAUGCACAGAUUGAAGCUAUCGGACAUUAUCUCAGUGGGCUUGUUAAAUAAGUGGGUAAGAACUGGGUGCAACCACGCGAACUCUUAUGUGGAUCCCAGUCUUGUGUAAAACAGUAGUGGGCUGUUGUUGGAGACAGGAAUUUGAGAAGUUUGAAUUUCCAGCAUUUGGGGCAUCCUGGAGUCUGCCUGUGGGAAAAGUGAGACCACAGGUUGAAUCCCAGCAUUUGCUGGUAACAAGGCCACUCCCACAGCAGCCAGGUCACACCCAUAUCCGAUUUGGUGUCAUGGUUUGGGCAGUGUUUGACUUUCGUCACAGCUCGCCCUUUUGAGAGUUACUCACUGAUGCUGCUGAACUGUGUUCACACUUCAGAGUCCGGACGUUGGAUCUCAGUUGCCAAGUGACUCCACCUCAGUCAGAGUCCCCGUGAUGUCUUUCAGGAACGUCCUUUUCUCCCCUCGGUCCUGCUCUCUCCCCAGGAUGGAGGCACCCAGGCUGGAGCUGGGCACGAGGGGGGCAUGCAGGCCGGUCCAUCUGCAGCAAAGGGGUGCCGCAUGCCUCUCGCUCUCCUGUGGGAGGGUGUUGGGGUUCUUUUAUAUUAAAACCUCAUGUUGGGUUUGCUCUUUGCCAUUGUUAUUAUGAGACUGGAUUAUAUUUGAGAAAUGUGCAUGGGUACACCAUAAUCAGGAUUUCACUGUCUUUUUUAGCUCUUUCGGAAUAGAAACUCCAUUUUUUUGUUUUGUGUGCAAGUGCUUCGUGUAUAUCCAGGUGUAUUCUUGUCUGUGUGCAUGGUUUCUAGUCCCCAGAAUGCCCCAUUGUGCCCUUGUAGGCAACACUGGUCUUGCCCAAAGGUGACUGCUAUUCUGACUUCUAUUGUCACAGAUGCAUCUUGCCUGUCCUUGAACUCUGUAUAACUGGAUUUAUUCCUAAAUACUGUUUUGUAUCUGGUACAAUUGCUCUUUUAACAAAAUGUAGGUCUGUUGUAUAAAGUUAGUGCAUUUACAUCUGGAACACAUUUUUGGGAUUGAAUUAAGUGUGAAAUCAGGGAUUAUGUCUGUAUGAGGGUAACUACUCACACACUCAGAUAAGUCACUGCAACUAGAUGUUCUUUUUGCUUUUUACCACCUACGCCGAUACAGUCAGGAUUUUUAGAGUAAAACUGAUAUGGAAGCCUGAAAGGACCAGCAGUGAAUCCUAUUUCCAGGUUUAAUUGCUAGUAAAAUCUGACCUCUCACACCUCUUGUAUGUACGAAAGGCAGGAGCAGCCCAAGCCGCCUGGCCCGUGCACCAGGUCUCAGUGUGCGUGUUUGGCGCAGGCAGCCACAGUGGGUAGCCGAGGGAGUCCCCCUGCCCCGCUGUGCCGUGGGUAAUUAGAUGAGUAGCCCACCGAGGGCUCCCAAGCCUAAGCCAGAGGAGGUUGGGAUAGAUGCCAGACACCGCAGAGGUUUUUUCCCCAAGUCUGAGCAAAUUGGGGUACUGUGUCAGAGGGUUUAAUGAGUUGGUAGGUUUCAGUGUGCUAAAAGUUUUGGCAUAGCACUUUUGCAUCUUCAUGAUGGUUUUCAUUACAGUUCUUAAAAUAUAUUUUUGGAUGAGAUUCAAAUCAAACGUUUAAGGAAUCCCUUAAGUGCCAAGAACUCCAGUGUGCAGCAUGGGCAUGGAUGGGACCUGGAGGCCUGUGACCGCUGCCUGCUGUGGGGCUGGGGCCGUGAUGCCUGGUAAACUUCUCAGACACGGGGUUGUUCCUUCAUGUUUAGAACAGGAGUAACGAUCCCUGUCGUCCCAGCUGUGUCAGGACAGUGUGGUGGCCAAGUGAGGCCACGCCUCCAAGGAGUGGCAGAGGUUGAGGCCCUGCUGAGUUGUGGCCUCUUCCCUCUUUUAUCACUGGAGGAAAAAAAGACCAUUUUUGCAGUUCUUUUAUGUCUGACAGGAGUGAGAAAUUGAUGGAUUAAUAAAAUGGACUUAUUCUACCACAGAAGCUGUAGCCAUUCGGGCCAAAAAGUGUUUCUCCAGCAGUCCCCUGCGGUGUUUAGGAGGAAUGUCGACGUGAAGGGAAUAAAGCCUCAUCUGAGAUUUCACAGGACGCUCCUCAGCGGCAUUUUGAACAAAGAGAACGAUCACCCUAAAGCCCCCACCUCACAGGGAUCUUCAUUUCUUAUUUUACCUUCUUGCCCCAUCUGUGUACAGACAUGACCAGUCACAGAGGCAGGACCCCUGACUGGGGACGGAGUGUGCCUCAAGCUAGCUGUGGCCUUCAGGCUGCUUUUGGAAGGGGGAGUAUGACAGGGCUCAGCAUUUCGUGGGGGUCACAGUUCUCAUGGCUGCAGCUAGCGUGAGCCCCCCCAGCUCCCUGGACUUGCUGCAGCCUGGCUUCUCCAAGAGCCUCCUGGGGACCAAGCUAGAGGCCAAGUACCUGUGUUCUGCCUGCAGGAACGUCCUGCGGAGGCCCUUCCAGGCCCAGUGUGGCCACCGGUACUGCUCCUUCUGCCUGACCACCAUCCUCAGCUCUGGGCCUCAGAAUUGUGCUGCCUGUGUUCAUGAGGGCAUCUAUGAAGAAGGCAUUUCUAUUUUAGAGAGCAGUUCGGCGUUCCCAGACAAUGCUGCCCGCAGGGAGGUGGAGAGCCUGCCGGCCGUCUGUCCCAGCGAUGGGUGCACCUGGAAGGGGACCCUGAAAGAAUAUGAGAGCUGCCACGAAGGCCGCUGCCCGCUCAUGCUGACCGAGUGCCCCGCGUGCAAAGGCCUGGUCCGCCUUGGUGACAAGGAGCGCCACUCAGAGCACGAGUGUCCGGAGAGGAGCCUGAGCUGCCGGCACUGCCGCGCACCCUGCCUUGGGGCAGACGCGAAGGCUCACCAGGAAGUCUGCCCCAAGUUCCCCCUGACUUGUGAUGGCUGCGGCAAGAAGAAGAUCUCCCGGGAGAAGUUCCAGGACCACGUCAAGACCUGUGGCAAGUGUCGAGUCCCCUGCAGGUUCCACACCGUUGGCUGCCUAGAGACGGUAGAGAGAGAAAAGCAGCAGGAGCACGAGGCACAGUGGCUGCAGGGGCACCUGGCCAUGCUGCUGAGCUCUGUCCUGGAGGCAAAGCCCCUCUCGGGAGACCAGAGCCAGGUGGGGUUGGAGCUCCUGCAGAGGUGUGAGAUGCUGGAGAGGAAGACGGCCACCUUUGAGAACAUCGUCUGUGUCCUGAACCGGGAGGUGGAGAGGGUGGCCAUGACGGCCGAGGCCUGCAGCAGGCAGCACCGGCUGGACCAAGACAAGAUCGAAGCCCUGAGUAAUAAGGUGCAGCAGCUGGAGAGGAGCAUCGGCCUCAAGGACUUGGCGAUGGCUGACCUGGAGCAGAAGGUCCUGGAGAUGGAGGCGUCCACCUAUGACGGGGUCUUCAUCUGGAAGAUCCCAGACUUCGCCAGGAAGCGCCAAGAAGCUGUGGCUGGGCGCACACCAGCCAUAUUCUCCCCAGCCUUCUACACCAGCAGGUAUGGCUACAAGAUGUGUCUGCGCAUCUACCUGAAUGGAGAUGGCACCGGGCGAGGGACACACCUCUCUCUCUUCUUCGUGGUGAUGAAAGGCCCGAACGACGCCCUCCUGCGGUGGCCCUUUAACCAGAAGGUGACCUUAAUGCUGCUGGACCAGAACAACCGGGAGCACGUCAUUGACGCCUUCAGGCCGGACGUAACCUCGUCCUCUUUUCAGAGGCCAGUCAACGACAUGAACAUCGCCAGCGGCUGCCCCCUCUUCUGCCCCAUCUCCAAGAUGGAGGCCAAGAACCCCUACGUGCGGGACGAUGCCAUCUUCAUCAAGGCCAUCGUGGACCUGACGGGGCUCUAGCCACCACCCACCAAAGGCCGGGGCAGCCAGGCACAGCCGGCUCAGUGAGGGGCCGCCACGCUGGGCCAGGGUCUCACCGCACAAGGGUGGGUGGGGGCCAGGCUUGGGCGCUUGGGAGGGUGUCACCCGAAGCCCAGGUCAGCGUCACACGAGGAAGGUGCCGCUAGCCAGUCCUCAGAUCUCUGACUGCGUGGAGGGACCCGGGAGAUGGGCGCAGCCCAAGGCCCUGGUGGGAUGGGCUGAGGAUCCUGAAGGGCUCCUGGCAGAACCGCCCUUGCUGUCUGUCCUGUACAGGAGGGAGGGGCCCUGGGGGGGUGCUCCGAGAGGAGCGAGUUCUAGCAAGGGCUCCAGAGCAGGGCACGCGGAGCGGGAGUGUGGCAGGCGCCUCGUGUUUAGGAGGUGGGGCUGCCCCAGUCUGUCCAGAGUGAGGAGCGCCAGGCUGCUCGGCUCUGCCCUCUGGCCCCUGGAGGGAAGGGAGCGUUGUUAGACCUCUGGGUGCUUGUCUGGACAGAGCUGUUGCCUGUGCUGGCUUGGCCGGGCCAGCGGGCAGGACAGGGUGCUGGUCCCGCACAGUCCAGCCCCGCCGGGCGAUGUGUGUUAGCUGCACCAUCCGGCUGAGAGGUCGUUAUUAAACUGUUGAGAUCUC